GUUUUUAUAGAUGAGAACAACAAUCUAUAAAGCAGAACGACGUUGAUACGGAUGAACUGAUAAUGGGUAUUUAAAUUCACAUGCAUGUAUGCAUGCAUGCACAGAUAAACCGGUGUAAUUUGCACUUUUGCCUGUCAGUCGAAUCAGUUUGAAUGUGAAGUGGUUGCGUUAACACGUUCAGUGGUAGUACUGACAAGCUAACAAAAAAACAUAUUUGAGAUUAAUAGCAAAUUAAAAUGCCGGAGAAAUUGCGAUUUGAUGACCGAGUCGUCAUAGUAACCGGAGCUGGCGCAGGGUUGGGCCGAGCUUAUGCACUUCUCUUUGGUAGCAGAGGUGCGAAGGUUGUUGUGAACGAUCUUGGUAGCAAUCGUCAUGGAGGUGGAGCAAGCUCUAAUGUUGCUGACACUGUCGUUGCCGAGAUCCGCCAGUCUGGUGGAAAGGCGGUAGCAAACUAUGAUUCUGUCCUUAACGGUGAUAAGAUUGUAAAGACAGCUAUUGAUGCAUUUGGACGUAUUGAUAUCAUUGUUAAUAAUGCUGGAAUUUUAAGAGAUAAAUCCAUUGCUAAUAUGUCCGAUGAUGAUUGGGAUAUUAUUCAUGAUGUCCAUGUAAAAGGAGCAUUUAAAACAACAAGGGCAGCAUGGCCAUAUUUUCGUAAACAAAAUUAUGGCCGUGUAAUAGUUACUGCCAGCUUGAGCGGUCUAUAUGGUAAUUUUGGCCAAGCAAAUUAUAGUGCUGCAAAAAUGGCUUUGAUUGGUUUGGCAAAUACCUUGGCAAUUGAAGGCGGAAAAUAUAAUAUUAAUACUAAUGUAAUCGUGCCUACUGCAGGAUCUCGUCUUACUGAAGAUGUUUUACCUCCUGAUUUUCAUACUCUGUUAAAACCUGAAUUAAUUGCUCCUAUAGUUUUAUGGCUUUGUCAUGAUGAUUGUAAAGAAAGUGGUUCCAUUAUCGAAGCAGCUAUGGGUUGGGCUGGAAAGUAUCAUUUGGUCCGUGCAUCAGGGUGUGUUCUCCGUCAAAAUAUAACAGAUUCAGUUACACCAGAAGAUGUAAGAAAUAAUUGGACAACUGUUACUGAUAUGACUGAUGCUAAGCAUUAUAAUUCAAUUCAAGAAGUAACAGCUGAAUUGUUUAAUGUCGCUGAAAGGCUAAGAAAUGGUCAACAAACACCCGAACACAUCUAUCGGCACUCGUACACCUUCAGAGAUACCAUACUGUAUGCACUUGGAGUUGGUGCAACACUCGAUGAACCAUCAGAUAUUUGUUAUUUAUAUGAAAAUCAUGAAAAUUUUGCUGUCCAUCCAAUGUUCUAUACAACUGAUGGUCCUGUAGGUGCUAUGGCAACAAAUAUGUUACACAAUGUCAUUCCAAAAAUUGAAUUGGACCCUACAAUGGCGGUGCACGGAGAACAAUAUUUGGAGGUUCACAAUCAAAUACCGACAGAUGCCACUGUGGAAACUCGUUUUACAGUACAAGAUGUCAUGGAUAAAGGAAAAGGCGCCAUCAUUUUAUUACACUGUGAAACCUAUGAUCUGAAAAGUGGAAAUAAGCUUACUACUGGCCAGAUGUCUAUUUAUGUAAAUGGUGCUGGUGGAUUUGGAGGCCCAAGAACGUCCAAAUAUGUUAUUCCACCUAUCGAUCCGCCAAAAAGCAAACCCGAAAAAUCAGUUACUCAAAAAACGUCUGUUAAUCAGGCAGCAUGGUUCAGAUUGAAUGGUGACAUUAAUCCAUUACACAUAGAUCCAAUUAUUGCUCACUUAAGUGGGUUCAAAAAACCCAUUUUACAUGGGUUAAGUUCACUUGGUUUCGCGGUUCGACACAUACUCCAAGCAUAUGCCAAUGGUAAUCCGAAUUUAUUCAAAUCAAUCAAGGUCAGAUUUUCAAAGCCAGUAUAUCCAGGACAAACACUGCGCACUGACAUGUGGCGUAAUGAAAAUAGAAUUCAUUUCCAAACAAUUGUUACAGAAAACAACAGUGCUGUUAUAACAGGGGGUUAUGCUGAUUUAAAGGCAAUAGAAAUUCAACACAUUGUGCCAAAUCCUCAAUCAGCAAAAGUAAGUUUAGAAAGCGAUGCAGUAUUUGCUGUAAUGAGUGAUUACGUUAAGUCUAAUCAAGAUGAGGUGAAAAAAAUUAAUGGAGUCUUCCAUUAUAUAAUCACCAGUAAUGGAGAACCCAAGUCUUGGACCUUGGAUUUGAAAAAAGCAGAGAUCUAUGAAGGAAAACCGAAGUCUGGGACACCCGAUACAACACUCACAGUGGAUGAUAAACACAUGGUUGAAAUCGCUUUGGGCAAACUGAACCCACAGGUGGCAUUUAUGCAAGGCAAGUUAAAAAUUAAAGGGAACAUUAUGCUGACGCAGAAACUGAAAACACUUAUUGAUGCCAAUAAAUCAAAAUUAUAAGACUUCGAAACAAAAUGGUUCAAGGGUUCUCAUUGUAUUAGGCUGAUUUCCAAUUUUAUAUGGAAGUGGAAGAUGUGCAAUAUGAACUGAAUCUAUAGCAGUCAUCCUUUUAUACACACUGGUUACAGCGCUCUUCCUCUAUUUAGUUUAAUAGUAUGACACAUUUUUUCUACUCAUGAUUGUUAUAUACUUAUAUGGGUUUUUAUAUUGGAAAAUAAAUAUAACUAUUUCUAUUAA